UUCUCACACACCCCCAUCCAAAACCCCGCCCUCCUGCGUGUGGACUCAGUGGAGGAUCACUUCCUGUUGGAUGCAGGCUCCUACGAUGAGGACUCGGCUUCGCUGCAGCUUCAGGGUCGAGCAAUGCGCUCCCCGCGCCGCUGCAUCCCUCAUCAGCAGUCGUGUCUGGGUUACCCGCUGCCCUGCUGCGACCCCUGUGACACCUGCUACUGCCGCUUCUUCAAUGCCAUCUGCUACUGUCGUAGAGUCGGCCACGCCUGCUCUCCUCCACGCACCUGACCUCCACGCAUCUGACCUCCAUGCAGAGCAGGAAACACCAGGACAUCAGUGCGUGUAAAAUGUCUUCUUUUUGUAAUCAAUAAAUGACAA